CCCUCCAAAUUAAAAAAAAACAAACCCACCGCACCCGCCUCCCUCUCUGGGCUUGGCUCCUUCUCUCCGCGUCCUCCCAUGGCGAGGACGAAGCACUUCUCUAACAAGCCCCGCUCCCGCUCGAGAAAAAGGCUUCAAUGGAACCAGCCUUCGCAGCAGCAAGCUGGCGAAGCGAGUACCUCGGGGACGCCGUCUCGCUCUACGCAUCGAGGGGAGUCGAAUGCGAGAAGCAGCGAAGCAGAGGCGACUCCAGGAGAGGGAGGAACUCCUGCAACCCAGGCCCGCAAGCGCCGGAGGUUCCGGCCGGGGACCGUGGCCCUGCGUGAGAUCCGGAAGCUGCAGAAGACUUGGACGCUGCUGAUCCCGGCUGCACCCUUCGUCAGACUUGUGAGGGAGAUUACUAACUUCUAUUCGAGAGAUGUGUCUCGUUGGACACCUGAAGCUCUGGUUGCAAUUCAAGAGGCAGCAGAGUGUUAUAUACUAGGAUUAUUUGAAGAUGCAAAUCUAUGUGCAAUUCAUGCAAAACGUGUGACUCUCAUGCAAAAGGAUAUACAGCUGGCAAGGCGAAUUGCUGGGAAAAGGCACUGGUGAGAUGAGACAAAUUAAAGCACUCUACACAGGAUUGGUGAUUGUUUGUACCAUUAGCAUGUCUUCUUCUGAUAUCUAACUUUUUGAGUAUCAUUCUCCCUACCUUUGCAAAUUUGGAGUUCCAAGCCAAUCUGCGAACAACUUGACAUGUCUGUAAAUUUACAAUGUAGGAAGCAGUAUUUUACUUGCCUGGCAACCUUGGGCUUUCUGUGAUGUGAUUGAGAGCUUAUAGGUUUGCUAACCAUUAUUAAUGAAUUGCGACUGUCAGAUAUUUGUUGAAGCUAGAGCAUUUUUCAUA